AUGGCCGACGCACCAAACAUCCAGGCCCUCCUCCAGAAGCCUCGCUCAGAGUGCACGGAAUAUGAAAUUGCUCAGAUUGAGGAAUAUGAAUUGAGCAAUGGCCCUCUGUCGCUGCUCCAGACGGCUGUGCGAACCAACACCCAGGUCCUGGUCAGUUUGCGGUCGAAUCGGAAACUGCUUGCUCGCGUGAAGGCGUUUGAUCGCCAUAGUAACAUGGUUCUCGAGAACGUCAAAGAGAUGUGGACCGAGCCUCAGAAGGGUGGCAAGGGACGACCGGUGAACAAGGACCGAUUUAUUAGCAAGAUGUUCCUCCGAGGUGACAGCGUCAUCCUCGUCCUGCUCAGUUAA